AUAUAUAAGCCUCCUCUCGUGCUGAUUGGAUAGAUCAUUUGAACAUGUUCCUUAACUAUAACUAAUAACUGCAGAAAUAGAAAGUGUGUAAUCGAUAAAAAUAGAUUUAUGUAGAAGCAUGUUUCUCUUCCUACACCAUCCCACCAUCACUCUUUAAGAGAAGUAAAGGGGAACUUAUCAUCAGUUGUUGAUUUUCAACAAUAAACAGAACUUGCAAAGAGGUUUUUAUGGGACUGAAGCCAUACAGAAAAUGGCAAGCACUAUUCCUGUCACUACGGACAAUUCUACAGUGCAGACAGAGAUCUCCUCAGGCUUUAACAUCUUCAUGAUAUGCAUUUACAUUGCCAUCCCUGCUAUAGGUCUCAUUGGAAAUGGACUUGUGAUAUUUGUGACUGGCUACAAAAUGAAGACAAUAGUCAACUCCAUUUGGUUCCUCAACUUGGCGAUUGCAGACUUCAUCUUCUCCUUAACUCUAAUCAUAGGCACCAUUUCACACAUAGGCCGCAUGUUUUGGCACUUGAAUGACUUCAAGUGCACGUUUCUCUGUUUCAUGAUUUACCUAAACUCAUUGGCUAGCAUUUUUCUGCUGACGACUAUCAGUCUGGACCGAUGCCUGUGCACAUGGAUGGUUGUGUGGUCUCACAAUAAUCGAACCGUAUUCAAAGCCAGAAUCAUCUGCAUGAUUGUGUGGGUUUUAUCCAUCAGCUGCUGCAUCCCUGCAGUCAUCAAACAUUCAGCAGUGGAGAGUGAAGAAAUCUAUAAAACUUCUACACAAUACAAGUCUUUUGUCACAUUUAUGUUCAUAACAGGCUUUGUCAUCCCCUUCCUGAUCAUUGCAUCUUCAUAUAUAGCUAUCGGUGUGCGAGUCAAACGUCUCAAAAAGGAGAAUCAGCUCAGGUCUUACCGGGUCAUUAUAGCUGUGGUCCUGGCAUUUUUCAUAUGCUGGCUUCCUUUUCAUGUAUACAAAUUUUAUAACAUAAAUGCAGAAGAUAAUCAGUUAAGAGGGUCUGCUAAAGAGGUUCUUUUAAAAACAGAAGCUGUAAUUAACUGCCUGGCUCUUCUAAACAGCUGUCUGAAUCCCAUUCUCUAUGUGUUCAUGUGUGAGGAGUUUAAGAAGAAGCUUAAACAGUCUCUGCUGCUGGUGCUGGAGACGGUGUUUGCUGAAGAUCAUCUGGACUUCAGAGUCUAAAAGCAAACAAAAUAUAUCACCAUCUUUCUGCCUGACAGUUGACAAGAUAACCAAACAAGUGUAUAUAAGUAUCUAGAUAUUUGCAACUCCACUUUUCUGUCUUGAUGGACACCUUUUUUAUGACCACAUGAGGUUCAACUUAUAAACAGCCAUAAACUGCGUGAUACAUAAACUGCGACUCAAUUUACUCCAUAGCAAUUGUUUUGGGGGGGGGUUGGCUAUUUUAAUGUGACAUCAACCUCACUUUAUCUGCAUUUCAUUUCAUGCAUAAGAAAAAGGGAUUUUCAAUAUAAAAAUACUUGUGGUGUAUCAUAACCUGUUCUAGAAAGUAGUUUAACUUUAUUACCGUACAGCCUACUUUAAGUAGACUAUCUGUACUUUAUCAGAGUGUUAUUAUUUUGGGAAAAUUUUACUUUUACUUCAUUACAUUCCAGUAGCGGAGCCAUGAUGGGGCCUGGGGGGAGGGGGGGAUUCUGAUUGCUUAAAAUAAAAAAUUAUGGAAUUUUUAAUUUGUUAGCCUAAUUGAUAGAUUGACCAAUGCAGCACAGUAAAAUGCUAUGGCUGUUAUUGGUUUGAUUAUGUCAUGUGUUGUGCCUAUACGCUGUCAUUAUCUUUACACGUUCAUUAGCCUAACAACAUGGAAGGAGGAAGGGGGAAAAGUGGCAUCUACAUCUGAGCCUACUUCUCCUUUCCACGAGGAGACAGUGAGGGAAGCGACACCUGAGGCUUCCCAAUUCCAGGAAAUGCAUAUUUCAUCACUGGACUGUAGCAGUGAGACUUCCACGACACAAAUCGGCACAAUGCCAAAUGAUUUUGUCUCAUUAUAACAGCGGAAACAAUUUAAAACACUCCCUCAUUAUGGUGGUGUAAGGCGUCAUUUGAAACUAUAAAGGGUCCUCACAAUUAAAACAAAACAUUGUGCUUUUGUAAAAUAAAGAAAACAAACAGGAUAUGUCUCGGUGUUCUUUCUGUGAACUUGUUUGUGGAGCAUGUCAAAAAAAUAAACUAAAACUGGCAUAUA